AUGCAGCCAACGUCGUGGCUCGGCCUCGCGGUUGCUGUUGCCGCUCUCCUCGCCGCCAUGGUCUAUCGGAAGCUACUGCUUUGCUCGAGCUCCCACACAAUUGCGCCAGCCAAGCUCACCCUGCGCGACGUGUGCGGCAGCGAGGAGGCUUGCUGGGCGGUGAAGAGCAGCGGCGCUGCCGUCAGCAGCCUCGCCACAGCAUUCGCCGGGCGGCACUGGAUCUUCAACAACGAGAGCCCACCCCGCGGCGCAUACGCGGAAGGGCUCGACAUUGAGUGUGUGCGCCCGCGCUCCGAAGGAGCCGUCCAGAACCACACAAUGGGUGCCGCCCACGAGUGCUUUGUCGAGCGCUGCGGCGCGCCGCUGCGCGCCUGUGCCCUCGUGCCCGCUUGCCGCGGCGAGUGGACAAAGGUGGUGGGAGAUCUCCUCUCGGUGGUGGACGUGGCGACGCUGCGCCCGGAGGGCAUUGCUCGGCCGGAGGCGCGCGCUCUGGCCUCGUGCUUCUUCUCCCGUUGCCUCUGCGUCGCCGACCUCGCCGUCGGCGAGCCGGCAAAGGGCGAGGCGGCCGGCGGCCACGUCGCACGUUUCCCCGACGCGAUUGACGACGACGACGUGCGCGCCAUCCUGUCCCUCGCCGCCUCCAUCGGGGAGGAUCCGAGCUUCGUCGAGGACCGCAACUUUGGGUCGCUGCCGCGCGGGCAGUCGAGCCCUCUCGGCGGGCAGCGGGCCACGUACCUGCAGAGCCGCUUCACCACCGACCCGCUCACCGCGCGCCUCUACCCGAGGUUGAGGGCGCUCGUCGUCCGAGCCGAUGCGCAGAGCGGCUGGCGAAGGGUGCAUGCGGCCACGUUGGUGCCGCGCACCAUCGAGCUGCUCAACUACUCGAGCGGCGCGCAGCACGCGGGCGCCGCCCUCUCCCUCGGCUGGCACACGGACGAGCAGUCCGCCGUCACCGCCCUCCUGCUCCUCUCCGACCCAGCAAACUUCUCCGGAGGAGAGCUCUACCACCUCGCCCACGGCCAGAUGCACGCGGCGCACGCGCGGCAGCACGAGCUCCUCGUCUACCGCUCGCACACGCCGCACGCGGUCGGUGCGCUCACGGCGGGCACGCGCCUCGCUGUCGCCCUCGAGUUCUGGCACGUGCACGUCCCAGGCGAGGGCGUCGACCACCCGGCGUACCCGCACCGGCGGGUCGGGCUGGAGCGCCCACGGACCGGGGGAGGGAGGUCCGCUCCGCCUGCGACGCUAGGCAGGUGUCCAUUGUGA